GCAGGAUUCGGGCCAGGUGGGUCAGGCUGGGGUCUUUGUAAGGGGCUAAGGCCUCGGGUCUCUGGCUUGAGGACAGUGAGACAAGGUUGUAAAGGGCCAUGUUUUCCAGAAGGUAAGUGUGAGAUGUUCUGCCGGUUCCACGUGGCAGCAAAACCUCCACGUCAGUGGAAGUGAGUUUUCGUAAUGAAUUGUGUAAGGAUUCACGUGUAAGGACCAGUUUGUUUUGUAUCGGAAGCCAAAGUCAAACCAGACCUCAGAUGUACACCAGGAACACUCCCAAGUGCUCAGAGGGGCCCUACCCAGCUGACAGUGGGCCACAGAGGGCAUAGCUGCUGGGCACCGGGGGUGUCACUCACACACCAGGGAAGCACCUGUACUGGGCAGUGGGCUAAAGACGGGCUUGGGGCUUCUGUGGAUGUUGAGACUAAAGGAGGCCCUUCUGCUCACACCCGUGAUGGCACCAAGAGCCUGCGGAGAGGAGCCCAGGAAGUCCCAACCCCAUGGUCCUUCCUAUCUCUGAGCUUUCUGGGACUGCCCACACAUUCCCAUAAGGCUGUCUUAUCUAAAGUCUACCCAAAUCUUUUAAAAUUAUUACUCUUUUCUGAUUACCAAAGAAAUGCAGCUCGGUUACUAAAAAUUCACAUGGUACUAGAACAGAAAGCAGAAGACCUUUCUAAAUCCAGACUCUACCCCAGUGAGGCACACAUUACGGUAGAGGUGUGCUUAGUUCAGCAACAAGUCACUCCGUUUACUCCUUUAUUCCCCUGAAUUGCAAGUAUGUAGUUGGCUGUUCUCUCUCCGUUCCUACUCUCUUUGGAUUUUUUAGUGAACAGUUACUGUCUGUCUCCGUCUUCUUUAAAGGAUUUGCAUUUUUGUAAUCUGUGUGUCAUCUAUUUUAGCCACCUGUUGAUUUUUUUUUCAUUUUUAUUUCUUUUUCUUUUCUUGUUUUCUACCACUUGUUGAUUUUAUGUUUAAGCUCUUCAGUUUUCUUCCUGCUCUGAGUUCUAGGACUCUUUAGUAAGGUCUCCAGCCCUCUGAGCCACAUUCAUCAUUCACCCUCUCCUUCUCUUAUUUUUGACAGUGGGAUUGUUUCGUCCUAUAGUAUAUUGUUUUCCAUGCUUUUACUUUUCACCUAUCUAUGUCUUUACAUUCAAAGUUUUUAUAUUUAAAGCUUCUUACAGAUGGCAUAGAGUUGAGUAUUGUUUUUUUAAUGAAGUCUAGUAAUCCCUGCUUUUCAGCUGAAGUGUUUACUCCAUUUACAUUUAACUUAGUUAUCCAUGUAGUUGGACUUAAGUUUGCCAUCUUGCUAUUUGUUUCUGUUUAUCCUCUCUGUUCUUUUUCCUUUGUUGCUUUACUCUUUUGGAUUAUUUUUUAGAAUUGUAUUUUAUCUCCACUCCUGGCUUAUUAGCAUGUAUCAGAGUCUCAGAGGGCUUCCUAAAACACUAAAUCAUACAUUUUACUUAUAUGUAUGGUAUAAAUCCCACAGUACCUUAUUAUUUUUCCUUUAAAUGGUCAGUUAUUUUUUAAAAGAUUUAAAAAUAAAGGGGGUAAAAGUGUUUUUACAUUUCUGAUGUUCUUCAUUCCUUUGCGUCGAUCCAAGUUUCCAUCUGGUAUCAUUUUCCUUCACCUGAAGAACUUUCUUUAAUGUGUCUCAUAGUACAGGUCUGCUCGUGACCAAUUCUUUUUGUCUGAAGAAAGUUUUUAUAUUGCCCUCAUUUUUGAAGGGUAUUUCCCCUGAAUAUAGAAUUGUAGGUUGACGGGGUUUUUUCCCUUUAGCACUUUAAAAAUGUCAUUCAGUUGUUUGGAGCUUGCACAUUUUCUGAUAAGAAGUCCACAGUUACUCUUAUCAUUGAGCUUCUCUAUAGAACAUGACCCCCCACACACACACCCUGCUGCUGUAGGAUUUUCUCUUUAUCACUAGUGUUCAGCAAUUUUAUUAUGACGUGUUUUGGUGUGCACAUGUGGCUUUUUGGUUUUGUUGUUGGUUUGUUUAGUCUUGAUAGGGGUUGGCUGGGCUUCUUGGAGCUAGUUUUCAUCAAAUUAGGGUAUUGUUGUAUUUGUAUUGUAUUGUUGUAUUAGUUGUAUUUCUUCAACUACAUUUUUAUCCUCUCCCCUUUUCCUCUUCUUUUCAGAUUCCAGUUUCAUAUGUGUUCGGUGAUUUUCUGUUAUAUCCAGGUCACUGACGCUGUUUUUUAAAUAUCUUUUUCCUUUUCAUUUUGAUCUUCAUUUGGGAUAGUUUCUGUUGCUGUAUCCUCGAGUUUUUUAAUCUUUUGGGGGGGACAAGGGUCAGUGUCUAAUCUGCUGCUAAUCACAUCCAGUGAAAUUUUCAUUUUAACUGUUACAGUUUUCACCUCCAGAAGCCCCAUUUGUAUCUUGUUUAUAUCGUUCAUUUUUUUCCAUUGUGUUUCUGUUCUCUCAGUCUUGUACAGAGUUAAACUAGCUGUUGUCCUUGUCUGUAAGUCCUGCCAGUCAUCACUUUUGAGUUACGUCCGUUGACCUGAUUUUCCUGCUUCUUGGCAUUCCAGAUGAUAUUGCUGAGCGGCUAGAGUCUGUUACUUCACUUUGAAGAGGGUUGGACUUCCUUUGAGGGCAUAGUUAUUUGUGGAACAGCUUCAUCACAUCAAGGCCUAUUCUUAAGCUUUUCUAGAGCACGUUCAGGGUAGCUGUGGCUCCAGGAGACGGUCAGUGCUACUACUGAGGCACAGCCCCUCUGAUUCUCUACUGAAUGGUCCCAGGCAUCACUGAGGACUCUACUCUGAUUGGUUGGGAAUCAUUCAGCUUAAAGCCUCUGGGCCCUUCCUUUCCUAGUCUUUGGGAGUUUUAUUAUGUACCAUGGCUUGGGAGUUAGGAAAGACCCAAGGGGAGCACUGUGCUGAUUUUUUGGAGCUCCUUUUUUCUGCCUCACUCCCUCCUUUCUGGCACUCUUCUCUGCAACUUCUAGCUGCAUCAGCUGUCAUGAAUGCUAGUCUGUGUCUUGAUGAAGCCACCAAGCUCUAUUGGAGGCCCCCUGCCCUGCAUGCUCAGUCUGGACAUGGCCUCCAGGCAGAGCCAGGGCAAUGAUAAGGCUCAUCGCAGUUGUUUCUCUUCUCUCGGGAUGAUGAUCCUGCACUUCCUGCUGCCCAGUAUCUGAAAACUUGUUUCAAAUUGCUUCUGUCCAGUUUGAUACUUGUUUACAGCAGGACAUUGUUCUUUGUUCCAAUAUCCUGGCCAGAAGUAGAAGUGUCCAUCCGUCCCUCUCAAUUAUAAUACCCAAUUUUACGUAAAAGUGUUUCUGGAAUGUCUGGGCCUUCUACUCCUUGAGCUAGUGUAAAAAAUGCCUCCUUCUCACUUAAUUGUGAAUUGAGCAGAAUUGACCUGACAUCAGAACAGAAGCUGUGUUCCUGUUUGUAUUGGCUGAAGUGGAGGCCUCUGAUACACACACAUUUGUGGUAAUAUAAUCACAACAUUUUGCAUAUUUUGCAAUCUGGAAGAAAAAGGUAAAUCUGAACAUAUCGUUCAGAUCUUUUAUUUAGCAAUGUGGUGUUUGAAGAUCUUGUCUUUGAGGCUUCUUUUUCUACUUGUUUUGUUCACCUUUCCAUUUGGUCCGACAUUUCUCAGAAACCUUCUUGUCUGCGUCUGCUUCACAGGCACCGGCUUCAUCGUUUGCAUUGUGUGGGGUAAGGCCUUUAAAAGGCCUCGCUUCUGGACAGUGAAACCAGGAUCCCACUCUUCCAUUGCCUCUCUUCGCUCCAGUGGCCCAGUCUUUCUUGUUGCCCUUCCAAAGUGGGGAAGAUCUCAUCUAUCUUCUCACUUAGGUCUUCUUCUGAUAUUGUUUUGGGGACACUUCCUUCUGAUGCAGUGUGAGCCCUGACCUCUCUGAGGCUGGCUGUGAGGAGGCCUGCGGCCGGCCUGUCCCAGAGAGCCUGUCUCGCUACCGUUGGCUCUCCAUCUGUGUCUGUCUUCUCCGGGCUGUUCCUGGGCCAACAUUCAUUUGUCUUGUCCGGGUUCCGUCUAGCCUGCCUGUAUUAACUCUUUGCCGUCUGUGUCCCCCAGUGUUGCAGUUGUGUGCUCUGGCUUGUCACUCUGCUCCUGUGCAAGAGAAGACUGAAUGAGAUACAAAACUAGGGGAAAGGAAAUCACUAGUCUUGUCCUGGGGGACCCAAAAGCAGGGCCGCUGUCACUCAUGGCUCUUCUCACUUUCCUUAGCUUUGCCUGCCCCCUCCCCGGGCCUUGCCCUCCCCCAGGAUGGAGCCCAGGAAACCAGGUUCUGGCAGGCCUUCCUGAGACGCUUGAGGCCCAGCACUGCUCCCACCUCAUUCUAGAAUGGACAGGAGGAGUACUUAUCCCGGGAGUUCUUUCAGGCUUCAGUGACAUUUGACGACGUGGCCCAGGCUGGAUGCUGAGCGGAGGACGCUGGCACAUUAGAGGAACACGACCUCCGGGGGAGUUCCUGUUCUGAAUCCUACCUGGUGUCCGGCCCCGACGCUGGUAUCAGCCCCAUCCCUUAGUGCAGACGGAGCGAAGUAGUGUUCUGGAGGCAUCUGGGCGCGCGAGCGGCGGGCGAUGGGCGAAGAAGCGCAGCCGCAGGAGAUGGCCUCCAGCAGCUCCCCGCAGGCCGGCGAGCCCAGCCCCGAGGUCAAGCAGAACAGGGACGCUGGGGGUCGGGGGGGCAGCCCUCAGGACCUGCCUAUAGAGCAUCACUUCUCCUGUAAGGAGUGUGGGGAUGCCUUUCGGCUCAAGGUCCUCCUGGUGCAGCACCAGAGGAUUCACAGCGAGGAGAAGGGCUGGGAGUGCGGCGAUUGCGGGAGCGUCUUCCGGGGGGUCUCCGAGUUCAACGAGCACCGCAAGAGCCACGUGGCUGCCGAGCCGCAGCCGGGCCCCAGCCGCGCCCUGGAAGAGGCCGCAGAGCCACGGGGGCCGGCGGAGAGGGAGGCGAAGCCCUUCGAGUGCGAGGAAUGUGGGAAGAGGUUCAAGAAGAACGCGGGCCUCAGCCAGCACCUGCGCGUGCACAGCCGGGAGAAGCCCUUCGACUGCGAGGAGUGCGGCCGCUCGUUCAAGGUGAGCACGCACCUGUUCCGUCACCAGAAGCUGCACACGGCCGAGAAGCCGUUCGCCUGCAAGGCGUGCGGCCGCGACUUCCCGGAUCGCCAGGAGCUGCUCAAGCACCAGCGCGCGCACACGGGCCACCUGCCCUUCGACUGCGACGACUGCGGCAAGUCGUUCCGCGGCGUCAACGGCCUGGCGGAGCACCAGCGCAUCCACAGCGGCGCCAAGCCGUACGGCUGCCCGCACUGCGGCAAGCUCUUCCGGAGGAGCUCGGAGCUCACCAAGCACCGGCGCAUCCACACCGGCGAGAAGCCGUACGAGUGCGGCCAGUGCGGCAAGGCCUUCCGCCAGAGCUCCAGCCUGCUGGAGCACCAGCGCAUCCACACGGGCGAGCGGCCGUACGGCUGCGGCGACUGCGGCAAGGCCUUCCGCGGGCCGUCCGACCUCAUCAAGCACCGGCGCAUCCACAGCGGACUCAAGCCGUACGAGUGCGACAAGUGCGGCAAGGCCUUCCGCCGGAGCUCGGGCCUGAGUCGCCACCGCAGGACCCACAGCGGAGCGCGGCGCUGCGAGUGCGGCGAGUGUGGCCGCGUGUUCAAGAGGCGGUCGGCGCUGCAGAAGCACCAGCCGAGCCACCGCGACUAGAGGAGCGCCCCCCACCCCCAGCCCCGAGCCCCUCGGCCGCCCCCCCGGCGGGCGGUGGCGGCGGCAGCGGUGGCAGCCCGGGGGGCCCAGUCCCCGAGAGGGGGAGGGCGGAGUCAAAGGAGAUGAACACUUUUGUAGCGCUUAUCUAUUUUCUCGUCAGAAAGGUCGGAUCCAAUUUAUACUGUCACCAGCAAUUUCUAAGUGUACACGUUUCCCAUCUUGCCUAUGGAGAGUAGCUUCUAGGACAUUCUAAUUUAUUUGGACUAGUAUGACUGGCAUCGAGUACCUUCAAGGAAUCCACGGGCCUCGGAACUAAGAAGGAGACAAGAGCGACGUGCAGGUGUCGCCGAAAGGGGGUUGUAGGUCCCCUACGCCGGGCUGCUCCGCCUCGCCCCCACAGCGAGGCACAGAACUAGUCCUCGACGGCCUCAACAUAACAUGACCCCCGCUUUCCUGGAGACAAGACAGCGCCCCACAGUUGUUUGGCCUACUUGAAUUUAUAAAUUUUUAGGGAUGUAGAUAGAACACUCAGAUGUCUUAUAAUAUUUAAUUUAUUAAUUCAGCUAUACAUACAUACUGUAAAUCACAUAUUACAUAGAAUAAUAUAUUAAUUUAGAGAAUACUCCUUUUUUCCCUCACACCGCUACGCAAGAUCAUUUUAUUCUAAAUUCUCACAUGCAUCUCUGACCUCAACAUCUUCACCAACCUCGUCGCCCCUUUCCAGUCAUCCAACAGUUCGGAAGCAUCUCCCACAACUUCCGUACGUCUAAGCUGUACCCCAUGCAGCACUGUGACAAUCCCUGCACGAGGCUCUCACUAUAAACCGCCUCCCAAGCCAUAAAUACAUGUUCUCAUUACAUUAGGACAUUUGUGGUUAUUUUGUUCUGCUUUUUUUUUUUUCCUCGAUUUGUCCUAUAGCUCUACAGCAUCAUCACUUAACGGGUUCGGCUUUUUCAAAUGACUUUUAAAAAACUUUUUGGAAGCAUCUAGAACUUGUCGUUACGGGGUCAUUCUCCCAGGAACAAGUACUGAAUCUGGGUCCCAUUGCUUUUGCGUCCAUUUUUCUUCAACCACAUCAUUCUGGUGACUUCCCCGUGCAUCCAAAACUAGCAUCAGCUGGGGUCCGUUUCGGGUUGAUAGGUCUUGUCCUCCAGCAGCACGUUCUGUUCAAGCUCAAGUAGCUAAGAGAGCACGCCCAUAACAGGGGCGUCUCAAGGACUCAAGUAUAAGAUGAUGCCUCUUUUUUGGGAGUGAUAGCCUCUCUCCCCACGCAGCCAGCCCUCCGUUCUGGGCUCCGUAAAACAGGGGAGAUCACAGGACUACCUCCUAAGGUUAUCAUGAGAACCGUGACGCCACGCCUGGUCCGAAGGUGCACACUCAGUGAAGGUCAUCUGCUGACAUCGCCAUAAUUACCACUGGCAUUCUAUGGCUCAUUAGUACCGGAACUGGGGAUGGACCCAGGCCUCCUGACUCCUAGUCUCAUUUUAUUUCUCUUGUGUGGUGACUUAAAUCGUGUUCCUGUUUUCUUGCAUGCAGAUUGUACGUUCAUCUCCUUUGACCAGUUAUCAAGUUACCUUUGGAUAUAUUGACUUUAUACAGCUGUUCGUUCUAGAGCGAUUGUGAUGAUCUCUUUUCCAUUUUGAUUGCUUUGCUCUUGGUAGCAGUUUUAUUACACUUUGGUCCUGCGAGUUUUAGGUUUUACAAACCCGAGCACUCACCGUCGUCCGUUAAGCCGUAACUUCCAUUGCUUCAGUACUUUGAUAUGAUGAUGUUUUCUUCUGGAAUUCUGAUUACAAAUGAAAAGUCGAAAGCCCUGCCCCACUGGAAGGUGGAUGCGCCAGGUGGGCAGGCUGGAUGGGAAGGGGCCAGAGAAGCAGGCUCUCUCCUCAUCCAAGAUGCAGACUCGGUGCGUCUCUGUGAGUGGGACUAGACUAUCCAGCCUGGCCACACAGACACGCAAGAGAAACUUCCAUCUCGGAUUGGCCAGAACAUUCUGACUGUUCCUCAGUAUAGCCCGGCCUGUCAGCAGCAGGCCUGGGCUUAAACUAGAUCAAUGGGCUAGUCCAGAUGUGGUCUUGGCUGCAGCUGGCUGUCCGUCAAGCUCCUGGGAGCUUUGGCCAUGCCUGGCAUGGAUUCACUGCCUGAGCAGCAGAGCCACACGAGACACAUCUCCUCGAACAUGAGAAGACUCCCUUGACUGAUGCUGUCACGUUGAUUGCGUCCUCCUCCCAAGGAGUGACUCUGCAACUAGAAAGAGGUCGGUCUGGUGGCUUUUGCUUUGGGCAGCUAGGGGGAAAUUCACCCACGUGUUCUGAUGUUAACCUCCUGCAGCUAUAGCUAAGAGGAGCUCAGAGCAGAGGCUCAGAGAAGAGCCGUGUGCCCCUCUGAUGCCCUGUGCAUCGUGAUGACAGAAGCUGGCGCCACAGGCCCGGGCUGUGACUCUCAGCGGCCCUGCCCAGGAGGGGCAAUAAAACAAGGGUUCAGAGGGCGAUGGUGCCCUUCUGAUGGCCCGUGUGGCAAAGAAAUGGAAGCUGGUCAUCCUGGGGCUGGGCUGUUACUCGCAACAGCCUCCCCCAGGAGUAAUAGCAGCAAGGGCUGGCCAGAAACCUGGCCUCCAGUGGCCUGCGGACCCUACAGGUAGAAGCCAGCCACACCGGGGCUGUGGUGUGACUUGCCAACAGCUGUGCCCAGGCCGGGGGAGCCACUAGCGGGCCCAGAGAGGAGGUCAGCGCUUCCCGAUGGGCCCGCCAAGACCGAGCUUCCCAACAAGCACACCUGGAGGGGCUUCUCGGGCCCCCAUCCUGGAAAGCGGGGUCCCCUGGUGACCCCUGUGACCUUAGCCAGAAGGUCGUCUGGAACGGCCCCCAGGCCACAACAGUGGCUCUCUGUGACGUCUCCGUCCUGACCCCCCGGCACUUGUUACACAGCUGCGCCUCGUGCCCUGUGGCCUCAGUUCUCACAGUUGUGGAACUGUGUCUGAAAUCACUGCUUCCUUCUGCAUCCAUUUGCUCUUUGCAAGUUGUCAGGACAUGGUCGACACAACCGUCUUCGGUAAGGAACUUGACAUUCACAGGGGGCAAGUCGGGCAACAUCCGCCGGAAGUGCUCGGCCACCUCUUGCUCGUUCGCUAGCCAUGCAUCAGCGUCUCUGAAGGAUCCAGAUACAGUGUUGGUAGCUCAGAGCCCCGCGUUGUCGCCACUGCUCCGUUCCUCCCCCUCCGGGACGCGGCGCCCUGGCAUCCCGUCACACCCUCCUGACUUCUUCCAUUCUCAGUUCUCGCAUUUUCUCUGAAACAGACCCUCUCCUAGAGUUAACACUAAAGACCGCAUCUUUUCUGUCACUGUGUUUGCGGGUGACGUCCGUGCUCUCUCCAGCACAAGCAGUCUGUGGCUUUAACGUGUGUCCUGUAGUGUCACCCAGCUCCAUUUUUGCCUCUAUUGACUCGGGGGUGGAUUUCCUUGGAUUCCGUAGGUGUACUGCGCUGUCAUAUGCAAGAUGUGAUCAAGCUUCCUAUAGUGUGUGCUCGUCUAUGCAUUUGUGUAUCUACCUCAUUUCGUUUUUUCUUUCUAAUCACACACAUCCCUUUUGCAAGGGAAAUGAAGAGCAGUUGGGUUACAUAGAACGCUGACUCUCAUUGGAGAUCUAACCUUUUCUUAUAUUCUGAAAGAAACUUUCCAUUGCUUUUAUUAAAGUUUUGAAUACUUGCUGAAAUUUUUAAAUGAAAGUUGUUGUUUACCAUUUUUGCUGCUUAUUAAGAUGAACUGUGUUGAUUAGCUGUGUCGCACCCACUUCUGCAUUUCCAGAGCGAGCCCCACGCAGUCGCAGUACUGGUAUUCCAUGGGCCCGGGGCUUCAGCCUUGUCGCGUGCCCUGGGACCCUCACCCUGCACCCCAGGCCACAUUCAUUGAACCAGAGCCAAACACUUGACUCAGGGCAGCAACCAGAGCUGUCUGGAGGCGACAGGCUGGGCCUUUCAGGUUCUCUGUCUGUGAAGUGCGAACAAGAGAAAUGAGAGAGAAGUUUCUAGUUGGUGUUGGAAGAAAGUGGGAGCCACACGGUAUUUAGAGGAGUUGACCCCAUGGGUGGCAUCAGCUUGAAGAUCUGUGGGCUCCUGCCAAGCACUCCAGAGCUGCUUCCACUCCAGCACCCCACAGGAGUCUGGGCACAUGUACUUGGAUUUCUGGCAGCUGCCCCCAUCAGUCCGUUUGUGUCUCCACCUUAGGCUCCCUUGACCUGAGCCAGCUUGAGUGGGUCUCUGCUUUCUGUCAUCCGUCAAGAGUCAGUUGCCUUUUACCACUUGGCUGCUUCCUAAGAAUCACGUGGCUGGUUUUCCUCCUGUUCUACCGGCUCAAGUUCCUGGCCCAAGUCCCACCUGACUGUCGUCAACACCCGUUUAAAUGUGGUACUGUCUUCUGUUCACUCAGAUGGGUAAAAAUCUAUGCCUUUUGGUCUCAGUGAGUUUGACCAAUGCCUUUCUGUCCAGGCAUCCGUACAGGAUCCCCUAUUUGUCCCAUGAAAUGAGUUUAAGUCAACUUCCGGAGAACCUGUCAGAUCGGGGAUUUGAGAAUUUCUCUAUUACUAGUAUACUUACAUUCUGUACUUCUUCUCAUUGUAUCAGUUUAAGUGUUUACCUUCAAAACUAAAAAUGGUCUCUUUUAACUUGGCCUUCAGUGUUCUUUGCGUAUCUAAGAAUGGUAGCCGCGUCUGCCCCGGUCCACAUUUCAGUUGUUCGCGCUGGUCUCCUAACUUGUCUGUUUUAUGGCACUUACUAUAAUCAGCCUUGCACUAGAGCUUCGCCCUCCCCACCUGCCUCCCUGCCCGUUAGAUUGUGAGCUCUUAUAAGACAGGGGUGACCCUUCAUGUCUAUUCCCCUACCAGAUCUAGCACAGUGCCUUGCAUCGAGUAGAUUUCAAUAAAUAUAUGUUAAAUGGCA